CUCACGAAGCCAGCGAUGUCUUUCGAGAACGAAAAGAAACCGCCCUCGUCCCUCGACGCGCUCCCCGAGGACGCAAUCCCCAAAAUCGACCCCGAGCUCGCUAGGAAGAUCAGGGAGGAGGAGGAUGCCCACAUCGGUGUCAAGACAGUAGAGGCCGCGGAGAGAGUCUACGGCCGUUGGUCCAAGUGGUUCCUUUUCAUUGGUAUCGGCCUCGCGUCGUACAUCUACUCCCUGGAUGGUCAGACGACAUACAACUACCUCGCAUUUGCCACCUCCUCUUUCGACAAGCAUGGCCUCAUCUCGACCAUCCAGGUCGCGCAGUCCAUCAUCAUUGCUUGUGGAAAGCCCGUUAUUGCCAAGGUCGCGGACGUCUCGUCCCGUGGGACAUCCUACAUCGUAGUCUUGGUAUUCUACGUAAUUGGGUACAUCGUUAUCGCCUCCGCCAACGGCGUCGGCGCCCUCGCGGCCGGUAUCAUCUUGUAUGCCAUAGGAUACACCGGACUACAGCUGCUCACGCAGAUCAUCAUCGCCGACAUUACCACGCUCAAAUGGCGUGGUCUCGUCUCCUCGCUCACCUCGGCGCCGUUCAUCAUUAACGCCUUUAUCGGCUCGAUGGUGGCGACGUCGAUGCUCGAGAACUCGACUUGGCGCUGGGGUUACGGGAUGUUCGCGAUCCUCAUCCCCGCUUCGCUCUCGCCCCUCAUUAUCACCCUCUUCUGGGCCGAGCGCAAGGCAAAGAAGCUCCAGCUCGUCGAGGCACCCGUCUCCAUGCUCGACGCCCCCGUCCGCGUGCCCAUCCUGCGCCGCAUCUGGCUCUACGCCGAGCAGCUCGACAUCGUCGGCCUCGCGAUCCUCGGCACGGCGGUCGCCCUCAUCCUCCUCCCGCUCACCCUCGCUCAGGGCGCGAAGGGACAGUGGCACAACCCUUCGAUGAUUGCGAUGAUCGUCGUCGGGUGUGUCUUGCUCCCUGUUUUCGCGAUCUGGGACGUGUAUUUCGCGAAGCGCCCCGUCAUUGCGCACCGUUUCCUUACGAACCGGUCGAUCGUCUUCGCGUCGUGGAUCGGAUUCUUCGACUUCUUCUCGUUCUACCUCUCGUUCACGUACCUGUACUCAUUCGUGCUAGUGACGAAGUCAUGGUCGUUGAUCAACGCGACCUACUUUGCGCAGACGCAGACCGUCGCUCUCACCGUCUUCGGUAUCACAGCAGGCUUCGGCAUGCGGUACCUUCACCGUUACAAGUGGGUCCUCUUCACCGGAUUGACCAUCCGUCUCCUCGGCGUCGGUCUCAUGAUCCACUCGCGCGGCGCGAACGCGUCCGACGCCGAGAUCGUCUGGACCCAGCUCCUGCAGGGCAUCGGCGGCGGCUUCGCGGCCGUCGCCUCGCAGGUCGGCGCGCAGGCAUCUGUUCCGCACGUCGACGUCGCGAUGGUCACUGCCAUCGUCCUCCUCUGGACCGAGAUCGGCGGCGCCGUUGGCAGCGGUGUCGCGGGCGCGAUUUGGACGAACACGAUGCCGAAGCAGCUCGAGAAGCACCUGCCCGCUCUCAACGCGACCGAGCGCGCGGAUCUCUUCGGGAGCAUCACGACCGUGACCGCGCUCCCCUUCGACGACCCGACGCGCCAGGGCGUCAUUGCCGACAUGGACGUUGACGAAAUGCGCGCGCUCGCAGCGUACGGCGACACGAUGCGCGACCUGCUGAUCGCCGCGACCGUGCUCUCCGUCGUGCCCAUCCUGCUCUCGCUCGGCAUGCCGAACUGGUACCUCGGCGACAAGCAGAAUGCGGUCGACGCGGCGGACCUCAAGGGCGAGCGUGUUGUGCCGAUCGGUGAGACGCGUGCGGGUGCGCGCACGGUGGACGAGGAGAAGGGCGUGGAGCGGGUGUAG